UAUUUUUGUGUAACUCUUCGGAUGCCUCUCUCUCGGGGCUGUAGCCUACGCAGCUAAAACGAAUUAACAAGGUUUCUGGUGUAUGAUGGUCAUUCUUUGAUUUCGUUUAUAAUUAUCGUUUGAUCGCUGAGGCUUUAUUUUUUAUUUUUUUCAACGGGAAAUAGUUGAAUGUUGAUGACGGUCCAUUUAUUUUCUCGGUUGAACCGGUGAGCGGGGCAGGAGCCUCCUCUUUUGAGCUGUCAAACUGGCUUCCUGUUCCUACAACAUUAUAAAACGAGGACAUUUAUUGUUUUUGACAAAGUAAUUGUUGUUCGUCUUAUUGAUUUCUGCGUAAACUGGAUCGAAGUCUGAGGAUAUUGGCCUUUUUUCCCCACCAAGGACCGACAUGGAUUUCCAUCGCUCGGUUCCAGGCUUACACGGGAUAUCAGUUGUCUUUCUCCUAAAAGCUAAAGCUAUUCUUUGAUUUAUUUAUCGCCCCUCCUACCUGAGUCGGGGAUAGAGGCGGACAUCGAGGUCAAGAGCAUCCUCUCUUCAGACUCUGAUACCUUCUACCAGCUGAAGAGCCAGCCCAUCACUCUGAGCCUGUCUUCACCCCCCUCUGAUACGGCGUGUCCUUCCACCAGCUCAGUGAUGACGUCUCGGGUGUUGAUGAGGCAGGAGCUGAUGCGCCAGCAGGCCAGGGACCAGGAGAGGAGAGAGGCCCAGCAGCAGGUCUCCUCGGCUCAGUUACACACCACCGACUCCUCCCCAGCCAUCUCCAUGGCCCCGGGGGAUACCGAAGCUCGACCACCCCCUGCCCAGGUUCCUGUGGAGGUCCUCAAGGUUCAGACCUACCUGGAGAACCCCACUAAGUACCACCUCCAGGCCUCCCAGAGACAGCAGGUUAAACACUACCUCUCCUCCACCGUGGGGAACAAACUGACCAAUCAGACGCUGGGCGCCUCCCCCUCACCUCACUCCGGAUCCGCCCCCGAGCUCCAGCCUGCAACCAGCAGCUCUCCUAGCAGCCCAUUGGCUGUGCUCAGCCUGAGCUCCAACAAAGAGGAGAUGGAAGAUGUGAUUGAUGGCAUCAUCAGUUUUGAAUCCGGUCUCAACGAUGAGUUCUUUCAGUUGAUCGACCCUGGACUACAGCUAGCCAACACGCUGCCGGUGUCAGUGAACAUGCUGGAUGUGUUCAGCAGUGGAGGGAUGGCUGCUCCUAACAUCACCGAUUCCAACUCCUGUCCUGCUGACCUGCACACCGUCAAGACUGAGUUAACCGGUACAGUGGUGGAGGCUAAAGCUAUGAUGAAGGAGCGACAGAAAAAGGACAAUCAUAACCAGAUUGAGAGGCGGAGGAGGUUCAACAUCAACGAUCGCAUCAAGGAACUGGGAGCUCUCAUCCCCAAAUCUAGUGACCCAUCCCCCUGCUACGGAGACAGGGAGACGCGUUGGAACAAGGGCACCAUCCUGAAGGCGUCUGUGGACUACAUUAGGAGGCUGCAGAAGGAGCAGCAGAGAGCCAAGGAGGUGGAGACCAGACAGAGGAAACUGGAGCACAGCAACCGCAGCCUACUGCUACGUAUACAGGAGCUAGAGAUGCAGGCCUGCCUCCACGGCCUCUCCACCCCCGCCUCCUCCUCCCAGGGCUCCUCCUCCUCACACCUCAGCCUAUCACAAUCCCUGGACCCCAGCACGGGCGACGCCCUCUCCAAGACCCUCCUAUCCCUGAGUGGUGGCCCAGGCCUUCAGGCCACCUCCCCCUCCUUUCUGUCUCCACCCCCCUCGGCCUCACCGGUUGGCCUGAUGAACAUGGCUUCUCCUCUGGGCUUCUCUGAGCUGGACGACCCGUCUGCCGCAGCCUUCCACUCCUCCCUGCUACCGGACAUGGGUCUUGGGGACAUCUUGAUGGACCAUGGGGGGAUAGGGAUGUCCCCGGUGUGGGCCCGAGAGCCCCUGCUCUCCUCCAUCUCCCCAGGAGUCUCCAAGACCUCCAGCCGCAGGAGCAGCUUCAGCAUGGAGGAGGACUUGUGACUUGAGUUAAAGGACCCUACCCCUUACACUGCUAGGCAAGAGCAGCUUCAUGCAUGGAGGAAAGCCUGUGACUGGGCUGAGUCCAAAACUAACCCCUAGACCAGCAUUUCCCACACUCGAUCCCAAUAGGGUGCACGUUUUGGUUUGUGCCCUAACACUACACUGAUUCAAAUGAUCAAAGCGUUAUGGUAAAUUGAGUAUUUCAUUCCACUGUGUAGUGCCAGGGCAAAAAAACUAAAUCUGCUUCCUUUAGGAUCCUGAGGACCGAGUUUGGGAGACCCUUCCCUAGACCCUGGCUCCUAAACCCUAGCUCCUAGACCCUAGCUCCUAGACCCUGGCUCCUAGACCCUAGCUCCUAGACUCUGGCUCCUAGACCCUGGCUCCUAGACCCUGGCUCCUAGACCCUAGCUCCUAGACCCUAGCUUCUAGACCCUGGCUCCUAGACCCUAGCUCCUAGACCCUAGCUCCUAGACCCUGGCUCCUAGACCCUAGCUCCUAGUAAUUGUUUAAGACACAAGGUUAUUUGUAGAUCAGUCAGUCUGCAAUGUAGUUAAUCUGGAACACGACUUAAGGCCUAUCAGAGGACUGGGGUGGAGCCUCCACAUACUAUGCAUGGCCCCGUCCAUCAAUCACAGAGUCGUGGUCAAAGGUCUUAGUUUAGUCGAGGAUUUGCAGAAUUCCAGUCCCCAGGUUUUCCAGAAAUCCUGGCAGGUAGGUUCCAGAAAUCCUGGCAGUAAGGUUCCAUAAAUCUUGUCAGGAAGGUUCCAGAAAUCCUGGCAGUAAGGUUCCAGAAAUCCUGGCAGUAAGGUUCCAGAAAUCCUGGCAGUAAGGUUCCAGAUAUCCUGGCAGUAAGGUUCCAGAAAUCCUGGCAGGAAGGUUCCAGAAUUCCUGGCAGGAAGGUUCCAGAAUUCCUGGCAGGAAGGUUCCAGAAAUCCUGGCAGGAAGGUUCCAGAAUUCCUGGCAGGAAGGUUCCAGAAAUCCUGGCAGGAAGGUUCCAGAAAUCCUGGCAGUAAGGUUCCAGAAAUCCUGGCAGUAAGAUACCAAAAAUCCUUCUGAAUCACAGAUGAAACACGUUAAAAUAGACAUUAACCUAUUUUUAUGUCUGUUAUUUUCAGGAGUUGUCCAUCAUCUGGAUCUUUAUCAUAGAAAAGGAAACAGAAGUUGGGGAAUAUUGUUUCAAUGAAACAACAGAUGGUGUGUUCAGAAAGCCACAAAUAUUCAAUUAAAACCCAUUAUUUGUA